AUGGCCCAACCUCCCUCCCUCCCCUCAACUUCUCCCUUGCCAAUUCCAGCCUCACUCACCAAGAUCACCUGGAGCCAGGAACUUACCUUUGUGCUGAUCUUGCAAAUGGAGAAGCCCGAGAAUUUCAGAGUACUGUUCGGGAAACAGGACAAGGACAAUGGUUGGAAUAGUAAGAAGCAGAUGCAAUGGCUAAUGGCUUUGCACUGUUUGGCUAUGGGCGGUUGUGACUUUCACGCACUUAUGACUUUCACUUUCAGUUUCAAGUCUACUCUGAACAUCACUAAUGACCUGGACUCCUACCACAUCAGCCUCAAUCAGAUAGACCCCCUUGCGUUCUUUGGCGUACAGGAGCUGUAA